AAUGAUCGCCUCACGUCUCCUGUGAUCAGGCCCGGUGGCGUUCAAGAUUACCUACAGCGAAGAACCGGAGGGUUGACCGACUCAAGACGUCACCGCCUGCUCUCCAAACCGACCGCUUUGUCCCAACAUCCCUCUCCACGUUGGGCUUGCUCUUUUUUAUUUCCUUUCUUGUCUCUUGCCUUGAUAUUGCAGGAGACUGUUAUCAUUGUUCUAUCCUUGACCGCUGUCCUGCCAUUAUAUCGUCAAAAUACCGCUGCGUCGCUCCUCACCCGCCGUGACUUUGAUCUAUAACUUUUGCGGCGGGACGCCAAAGUUGGGCCUGUUGGACUCUUUCUCUUCCCGCGCGCUUGAGCUUGCACCAACUGGUUCACUUCUUGCAUUCUUCGGUCCCGUUUGCCGCCUACUUCCUUUAAGAUCUCGGAGUUGCCAUGUCUUCCACAUCAACACCUGAUGUGCCUGAGAACGCACCCGACGAAUCCUCGAAGCUCAAGACAUUCUUGUCUAUUCUUCGAAAAUUCGUUGGCGUGAGUGAUAUCGCAUCCGUUAGGUUUUCGCUACCCGCCCAGCUUCUAGAACCGACUCCCAACCUCGGUGCCAUUGGUACAUCAGAUGAACCACUUGGGCGCAUGCUGGAGGUUUUGAGGUUUUGGUUUACUAAAGACUUGAAAUACAUUAAGGGGAAGCCAUGCAAACCCUACAACUCCACCCUUGGUGAAUUUUUCAGGUGUAGCUGGGAAGUAGAUUCUACCCUUCCUGAGUUGCACGUGUCGUCCAAAGGGAUCCCAGUCAAGGGCGCGUCAACCGUGAACGAUUACGACGGAAAACCAGCUAGAGUGUGUUACUUGACCGAACAAACGUCUCAUCAUCCGCCAGUGUCCGCAUUCUACAUUGACUGUUCAGAAACAGGAGUAUCCGCUCGCGGGUUUGAUCAGAUCAGUGCCAAAUUCACCGGAACAAGCAUCCGCGUUGCCCCCGGGCAGCAUAAUCUUGGCAUCUUCAUCAAUAUCAGUAAAAGGGACGAUGAGGAAUACCAACUGAAACACCCCGCUGCCCACCUAGGUGGCCUGCUGCGUGGCGCUCUAUCCAUCAGUGUGGCUGACACAUGCUAUAUUGUCUGUCCGAAAACGAGGAUGAAGGUUAUUUUGCAAUAUUUGGAGGAUGGCUGGAUCAGCCGGGCUCAAAAUAAGGUUGAAGGUGUUAUCUUCCGAUAUGACCCGGACAAAGAUACCAUUACCAGGGUAAAGGACGUUCCGGAAGCCGAUGUUCUUGCCAAAAUCUCGGGUUCAUGGCAGAAUCAAAUGUAUUACACCAUGGCUGGCACAAAUGAGCCCCAGCUACUGAUUGACAUCGGACCCCUUUUCCCUGUUGCGAAGACUCUGCCUCCUGAAGAAAGCCAGCUAUCCAAUGAGUCCCGAAAAUUCUGGUCUGAUGUGACUGAGGCAAUACUGGACAAAAGAUAUAGCCAAGCCACGAAGCUCAAAGUUGAGAUCGAAGACCGACAACGGCAGAAAGCCACUGAACGACAAGAAAAGAAUGAAGAAUGGAAACCUCGCUUCUUCACUGGUACCGUCACGCCUUUGGGAAGACCAGAGUUGAGUGAGGAAGGUGCAGAGGCACUCAAGGGUCUUCGUAACCAACACUACCAGUUAAAGGAAAGCUAUGUCAAGGGCGCCUAGCGUUGACUUGUAAUCGAAGCAGAUCUUCAGUUUGCUUAUGUGGACCUGAUUUUUGCGUACAUAACAAAUGCUAUGUGGUGGGAAGGGAGUGGGCGUUUCUUGACCACUUUCAUUUCUUACCGUUUCUCUUCGAGCAUCACCCAGUAAAUUCAUAGGCGUGCCCUAUGCAUUGACCUGAGACCUUUCAUUUCCUAAUAUUUUAGAUUUCGUGCUCUCUGCACAAGUGGUGCUGUCUCUUUUAAACUUCAAAUAUAACCUGAAUUACGUUUUUGUCGAUACUGUUGAACCUGAGCCUCGUGC